AUGCGAACAAGUUUGAAACGUAAAGCUUUGAUCCGAAUGAGUGGGCAGUACCAUCCCAAGAAUGACCCUUCAUCAUCUCACUCUUACUCUCACAUUCAAUAUCAAAAGCCCAUUCACUAUCUUUCUGUAGACGUGGAUGUGGAUGCAGAUGCAGCACAAGUUGAAUCCAAAUCUCAAGAGAAGAUCAUUCAUCAACAUGUCAUUAAGAACAACACCCAUAUCCUUGACAAGCUUGCCCGUUUCUAUGUCACACGUAAUGAAAUCGAACUUGCUCGUCGUGUGUUUGACCAAAUUCCUAAGCCAAGUGUUGUUUUGCGGAACAUGAUGAUCCGAGCUUAUGCUUGGGCUGGUCCUUUUCACCAAGCCAUUUAUUUGUAUCAUCACAUGCUGCAACACCGGGUGACACCCACCAAGUUCACCUUCCCUUUUGUUCUCAAAGCCUGUUCAGCUCUACAAGCUAUACAAGUUGGGAGAGAAAUACAUGACCAUGCCCGCACACUUGGUCUGGAAAUGGAUGUCUAUGUUUCUACGGCCUUGCUUGACAUGUAUGCCAAAUGUGGGGAUUUGUUUGAAGCACAAGCAUUAUUUAAUAGUAUGUCCCACAGGGAUAUUGUGGCAUGGAAUGCAAUGAUUGCUGGGUUUUCAUUUCAUGCACUUCACAACCAAACAAUGCAUUUAGUUAUCCAAAUGCAGCAGGCAGGAAUAUGUCCUAAUUCUUCAACUAUUGUAUCUGUUCUACCCACUGUUGGACACGCUAAUGCAUUACGCCAGGGGAAGGCUAUUCAUGCUUACUCUGUAAGGAAGAUCUUCAGUGACAAUGUGGUUGUUGGAACUGGGCUCUUGGAUAUGUAUGCUAAGUGCCAUCACUUAUCUUAUGCCAGGAAAAUCUUCAAUUCCAUGAACCAAAAGAAUGAGAUAUGCUGGAGCGCUAUGAUUGGAGGAUAUGUCAUUUGUGAUUCCAUGAAAGAUGCAUUGGCUCUGUAUGAUGACAUGGUACUUAUAUACAGGCUGAACCCUACACCAGUCACUCUUGCAAGCAUACUUCGAGCUUGUGCAAAGCUUACUGAUCUGAACAAAGGGAAAAACUUGCAUUGUUAUAUGAUUAAAUCAGGGAUGAAUUUAGAUACAACAGUAGGAAACUCACUGAUAUCGAUGUAUGCUAAGUGUGGGAUUAUGGACGACGCAGUUGGGUUUUUUGAUGAAAUUAUCACAAAAGACACAGUUUCUUAUAGUGCUAUUAUUUCAGGAUGUGUGCAAAAUGGCUAUGCAGAGAAAGCUUUACUUAUUUUUCGCCAGAUGCAAUUAUCUGGUACCGACCCAGAUUUGGCAACCAUGAUAGGUCUACUUCCUGCUUGUUCACAUUUAGCCGCUCUACAACAUGGGGCCUGCUGCCAUGGAUACUCAGUUGUUCGUGGCUUCACUACAGAUACCUCCAUUUGUAAUGCCAUUAUUGACAUGUACUCAAAGUGUGGAAAGAUUAAUAUCAGUCGGGAAAUUUUUGGUAGGAUGCAUGAGAGGGAUAUUGUUUCGUGGAAUACAAUCAUAAUUGGUUAUGGCAUUCAUGGGCUAUGCAUAGAAGCACUUUCACUAUUCAAUGAAUUACGGGCAUCAGGUUUGAAGCCGGAUGAUGUGACCCUUAUUGCUGUUUUAUCUGCGUGUAGCCAUUCAGGACUUGUCACGGAAGGAAAAUAUUGGUUUAAUGCCAUGAGGCAAGACUUCAACAUAACACCAAGGAUGGCCCAUUAUAUAUGUAUGGUUGACCUUCUGGCCCGGGCAGGAAAUUUGGAUGAAGCAUACUCCUUUAUUCAAAGGAUGCCAUUUGAGCCUGAUGUUCGUGUAUGGGGUGCACUGCUUGCUGCAUGUAGGACCCACAAAAAUAUUGAAAUGGGUGAAGAAGUAUCAAAGAAGAUCCAGCUGCUGGGACCUGAAGGUACUGGAAAUUUUGUUCUUAUGUCUAACAUCUAUAGUUCUGUCGGCAGAUGGGAUGAUGCAGCACAUAUUAGAAGCAUACAAAGGAAUCAAGGUUACAAGAAAAGCCCAGGCUGCAGUUGGGUUGAGAUCUCUGGGGUAAUCCAUGGAUUUAUUGGUGGGGAUCAAUCCCAUCCACAAUCAGCAUCCAUAAAUAAGAAGUUACAGGAACUGCUGCUGCAGAUGAAAAAAUUGGGAUAUCGUGCAGAUUCUAGUUUCGUUCUCCAUGAUGUUGAAGAAGAGGAGAAGGAACAGAUUCUCCUUUAUCAUGGUGAAAAAAUAGCCAUUGCAUUUGGAAUUCUUAAUACCAACCCCUGCAACCCCAUUCUAGUUACAAAAAAUCUGCGUAUAUGCGUUGACUGCCAUAAUGCAAUAAAAUUUAUGACUCUCAUAACAAAGAGGGAGAUAACUGUAAGAGAUGCAAGUCGAUUUCAUCAUUUUAAGAACGGAAUCUGCAAUUGUUGGGAUUUCUGGUGA